AUGCCGUCCAAGGAAUCCGAGGCGCUUGCCGAAUUCUACAAGUCGUUGACGUCGACAAUGGCGGCGAACCCGACCCUCCCCUUGGAUAUACUUCGGAUCAUCACAGAAGACUGUCAUCAGCUCGCAUCCGAGCCCACGGACGUCACCUAUGAGGAAGCACAGUGUGCCGGAACCGUGCGUCCUGCGAUCUGGUGUCGACCCCUUGGUGCCUCGACAAAACAUGUGACGCUGUUUUUCCACGGUGGUGGCUUUUUCAGUGGUUCGCCAAAUGCGUACCGGAAGCUCGGGGGCCACAUUGCAAAGGCCUUUGGCACACAGGUCCUCGUGACGGACUAUCGAAGGGCUCCCGAGGCGACGUUUCCCAGCCAGAUCGAGGACAGCGUGGCCACUUACGACUGGCUCCUGCAACAAGGCUUUGCUCCCGAGCAGAUCAUCAUUUCAGGAGACUCUGCUGGGGGUAAUCUCGCACUGACCACCACACUCAAGAUCCUGGAACUGCAGAGGCCACGACCAGGCGGUGUAGUGGCUUUCUCGCCUUGGGUGGAUAUUGAAUGCAAGGGCAAGACCAUGGACACCAACAAAGAGAAGGACUUUCUUGCCAAUCGCGAAUCGCUGGGCCAAGGCAGUCUGUUGUGGCUGGCAGGCCAAUCUCCUCAAAACCCUUUGGCCAACCCGUUUUAUGCCGACUUGUCCGGUUAUCCGCCCUUGUACCUCGUUGCCGGCGGACAUGAGACGCUGUUGAGCGAUACCGAAGAUUUGGCAGAAAAGGCCAAAAAGGCUGGUGUGGACGUGGAGAAAGAGGUCGCGGAGGGCAUGCAACAUGUUCAUAUAUUCAUGGCUGGCAGAGCUCCUGAAGCGGAUGACACUCUUCAAAAGGCCAGCAAAUGGGUUCAAUCCAAGCUGAAGCUGUGA